GCUCGUCAAAUUUGAGUUACAAUUGAUUCAAAUCUAUUUUGUUAGUAACAUUUUCAAUUUUUACAAAAAAACACACGGAAAAAGCAUAGAUUUUAGGGUUUAGAAGCUAAAGAUAUUAUUUCGCCUUAUGCGCGACGCGAAAAGCGAGAAGUUAUUAGAAGGGACCGGUAUUUUGGAAACUAGAGCCAGCUCCUUUCGAUUUCAAGGAACGCCUGUCAUUGAUUUUUCGCGAAGUGAAAUUUCCAUAUUCUCUGUUUAUCGAUUUCUCGUCGACAGGGUUACUUCACAGUUAUCAGAGGGAAUUUCCUUGUGACGAGAGGAGUCAGGGUUUGAUGUGACAAAGUAGAAAUCGCCACGGGAGUUAUUUGAAUGACAUUUGAAUGAGAUCGAUUGUUCUAUCUCCGGACGUAGCGCCAAGAGUGCUUUGAGGCCGUUGCCAUGGGAUUUUGUAAAAUGAUAAAGGACUUGCUCAUUAGAUGCUCAUUAGCUUGAGGCUGUGGUUAUCAAUUUAUAUAAUAAAUUUAAAACGAUUUGCGGAUUCCAAGACUCAAAGGGAAAAUACCUGGUAUUGAUGGGAGUUUGGCUCGACAAAGAUUUGAUUUCGCGUGCCGGUAAUGAUGGACGUCAGGUUGUUGUUUAGAAGUCUAUUCAUUGCUUGAAAAGUAGUAAAAUUGCAAUCUAUAUCUGAUCAUAACUCCGCCAUUACGAGAGAGUCAAUUUAAUUCGUUGGUAUAUAUAUAUGGUCUUGGAGUAUCGAUAUGAGCCAGGACUAAACAAGGUCAAGACAAAUUUUACGCUUGUUGCAUUUACAAAUCACUGCAUCGAGCUUGCUGAAAACUCAAGUGGGAGUUAUCUACAUCAAUUAGGAAUCAAUACUGGAGGUUAUAGCUGGGUUGUUAUCUGAAGAUUUGGCUUAGUUAAAUGUCCCGUAUAAGAACAGACCUCCGGGCCACUGUGCCGAGGAGACACUCGCCAACUAAGUUCCCUCCAGUAAAAACAGGAUGGGGAAGAUCGCCCAGCAGUACCUCAAUGGGACACGAACAUGAAUGGGCCACUGAUAUGGUCAUUGGAUUGCAAAUGAAAGCUGGCUCCCCUCCUAAAGAAACUCGACAAACAAUCAGUCCUGCACCAAGAGAAGAAGUCACAACAAUGAAGCCCGCAAAAAGAACUUCUGUACCAAAUACUAUCAAUGUACAGCAAAUAGAAACCUUGAAACAAGAGGUGCAUAAUCUAAAACAGCAGCACCAAGGCUAUCUAGACCGCAUUGCUCAACUUGAAAAGGAGAUAGAGAAAUUAAAAACAAAGAAUGCAGCACAGCACAAGACAAUAGAAAACUACAAGACUGAAGUAAAAAUAAAAAACACCAAAAUUUCAGAACUUGAAGAACAAAUUAAAAACUUUCAACAGCAGAAAUUGAAGUCUCAGAGUCACGAGUCAGACAAUGCUAAAGAAAUUGAAAGACUAAAAGCUGCUCUUGAAGCAAAGAACAAACAAAUGUAUGAUUUAGAAGAAAUUGUUAGGUCCUCAGCAGAGAAAAUGGAACAAAUGAAGAAAGAGUUUGAAGAUGAAAAACAGAGGAUGCAAAAAGAGUUUGAAAAAAAUCUAGAAGAGUCAGCUGCCAACUUCAAAAUAGAGAUAGCUGAAAAAGAUGAGAAAUUGAAUGUGCUCAAAAUGCGCAUGGCUGACGCACUUAAAGAUAACUCCAGGGAGAGACAACACCAACUGGAGGAAUUGACUCGUGAGCUGAAGCGAGUUACUGAAGAAACUGAUGUUUUGCGCUCAAAAAUACAUGCUGCAAAACCUACUCAACAGACUUACUGUCAGAACUGUCCUGAGCUCGAGAAGCAAAUACAGGCGAAGAUACUACAAAUAAGGGAUAAGGACGUAGCUCUUGUUGAGCUGCAGCGGUUGUGUAAUAAGAUGGAGAAACAACUCGUACAACAGGAUGAGCUUCUUCGUCAAUGGGCAAGAAGCAAAGGAAAGGAUAUAAGAUAGACGAGGUAUUCCAUCAAUAUUCUUUAUACGACAGCAGGCGAUGAGGAGUGAAGGGAAGGAAAUGAAAUAGACUCUGACGUCUGAAAUACAGUGCAAUCCGACUUAUUCAGUGGUCAAGAAUAGGUAAAGGAAAAUAUAUGAAAAAACGUUUAAAGUGCUGUAGAACCUCGCUCUCAUCAGUUACCAAGGAGCAAAUGGAAGAAUAUAAGAUAAACUUUGACGUCUAAAAAAGGACUUUUUAUUUUACAUGGUAAACGUCGUACCAUGUGUUCAUGCUCGAGGGUGCAGCGCUUUUUGUGACCUUUGGGAGCUCUCGCAAAGUACGCUGGAUAUUCGAGCAUGACCUUGCGUCACGUUUUCAUUUAUUCACCUGCUUAUAACCCAAACAAACGCAGUAUUUUUAUUAAGUAUGAUGCUAUGCUGGUCAUGGUACAUGAAAUGCAUGGUUCGACAGUUCAGGAUGUGUUGAAAUAGGUGUAUUUGCCGAGCAUAAAGGGCUAUAAGUGAGAUAAUCAUCUCAUUUAAUGAUCAUUUAGCCAAUAUGUGUUUUUUGGUGUGUUUUGCGCCGUUAGCUGGCAGAAGGGCUAUAAAAUGCACAUAACAUUACCAACUAGUUUUUUUCCCCAAUGGUUAUUUGGCAAUAUGUCCGGAUUUAGUUUUUGACGUUUGUAUGUCACAAAUAACAUUAUAGUUGGCCCGAAACUUAGCAUAUCUCUGUAUACUCGAUUUUUACUAUACAUCCUUCUAAUUUAUAGUCA